AUGGCGCGAAAACUUUUGAUACGCGAAUUAAAAGAAAUAAAAUCUAUCAGGAGAUUAUCUGCCAGUGCGAGUUUGCGGAAAAAGGAGGAUUUUAUAAUAAGGUCGUCUAUCCCAGAUUUGGUUGUACCAGAGACAAGAUUUCUAGACCGGCUUUGGGCUAAUUCUAGUCAAUGGAAUAGCGACCAUAUUGCACUAAAAUGUGCUGAAUCGAAAAAGAGCUACACGUAUGCCGAUCUCUGGAAGAACACGUCGAUAUUUGCAACGUCCCUGCGUAAGAAAUUCGGUCUGCAGCCGAACGAUGUAGUCGCUGCUAUGCUGCCAAAUUGUCCAGAAUAUGCAAAAUGUGCUGAAUCGAAAAAGAGCUACACGUAUGCCGAUCUCUGGAAGAACACGUCGAUAUUUGCAACGUCCCUGCGUAAGAAAUUCGGUCUGCAGCCGAACGAUGUAGUCGCUGCUAUGCUGCCAAAUUGUCCAGAAUAUGCAGUCGCUGCAUUCGGAACACUCAAAGCUGGCUGUGUGAUGACCACUAUGAAUCCUAUUUAUAAAGAAUAUGAAAUAAGCCACCAAGUGGGCGUAACGGAACCUAAAGUAAUAAUAACAAUCCCUGAAUGCUAUGAAAUUUUUAAGAAAGCAUUACUAAAUGUUAAGUGUCAAGCCAAGAUCGUUUUACUUGAUAGAAGUAACAAGGCAUUGCCGGAUGGUGCAAUACGGUUUUCGGAAAUCGCAGAGAAUGGCGAAGUUGAUAAUUCUCUUCUAGACAAAGUUGAAAGGAAGAAUGACGAUGUUGCGUUUAUACCCUUCUCGAGCGGAACUACAGGCUUGCCAAAAGGCGUUGAAAUAACACAUGGGAAUCUUAUAGCUUCGGAUGUGACUAUGCAUCUUGCCCAAUAUGACGAUUCAAUAAUGGCUGACGCGACAUAUCAGGACGUUCUGCCAUGCUUUCUGCCCUUCUUCCACAUUUACGGUCUUGUAGUAAAUCUUAUUGGUCAUGUCGCAAGAGGUUGCAAGUUGAUCACAUUACCAAGGUUCUCAGCAACAACCUUCUUUGAUAUAUUAAAAAAUGAAAAACCAAAUUUGUUGUACGUGGUUCCCCCUGUAGUAAUCCUAAUGGGGAAACAUCCGGAUGUAACAGGGGAGCACCUCAAAACCAUGAGACGAAUCAUAUGUGGAGCGGCGCCACUAUCUGCGACUGACGUUGACGCAAUUAUUGAAAAAAGUCAGGGAAAAGUAGCAUUUGGCCAAGGCUACGGUGCAACGGAGACAUGUGCAUUGGCGACCACAACGUUUAAGAAUAAAUCAAUCUACGACUAUUCUGCUUGUGGCGAAGCAAUGGCUAAUGUUGAGAUGAAAUUCAUUGACCCUCUAACUGGAGAAGAUGUUCCUAUUGGACAAGAAGGAGAACUGUUAGUGCGAUCUCCAACAGUGAUGAAGGGAUAUCACAAAAACGAGAAAGCAACAAAAGAAUCGCUAACCGAAGAUGGUUUCUUUAGAACCGGUGAUUUGGGUUACUAUAAACCAAAUGUAGGACUUUACGUGACUGAUAGAAUUAAGGAACUUAUAAAGGUGAAAGGUAUGCAAGUUGCGCCUGCUGAGUUGGAAAGUCUAUUGCGUACACAUCCAGCUGUACAGGAGGCAGCUGUCGUUGGAGUACCUCACGAGUACCACGGUGAAGUACCGAAGGCUUUUAUUAUAAAGAAGACUGGCCAACAAACAACCUCAGAAGAGCUCCAAGACUUUGUAGCGAAUAAAGUUGCUUCAUUCAAAAAAAUAGAAGAAGUAGUAUUCGUCAAUGAUAUUCCUAAAACCAACACAGGAAAGAUUUUACGAAAGGAUUUGAAAAAAAUGUACGCCUAG